AUGUCUUCAUGGCUCCUAAGCCAAGAGAGUAAUAUAGCGGCUCAUUCGUGUUGCCGCUCGUUUCGUCACCUGCAUACAACGUAUGCGAAGUCGCUCGUUGCUGAUUAUCCUGUCGUUAGCACUUCCUUACUUAUCCUUAUCAUUCUCUCGUCCGCCAAAGUUCAACCUUGCGUGAUGCGUUCCGUUAUUUUCACUGCGGUUGCCCUGGUGAGUGGGUACGUAGGGAGUGUCGUCGCAGAGGAGAAUAUUCGGAUCGUUUCCAACGAUCUUGCUCGUCGUCAGUCGGGGCAAUUCGUACCGGGAACCAUCUCUUCUCCAGGAGCCAGUUGUGUCGAGGCGUUUGGUGAAGGCUACGAGGCUUGCCGUGAGAAGACAUCCUCAGCUCCCCGACUCUGCUACAAUCCAAGCGAAGGCCACACCUGCUGCAGUAGCGAGUGGGCAUGUCCAUCGGAUUCCUUCUGUCUCGUCAGCCCAUACUGCUGCCCGAGCGGAAUUGACGCCUCGUCCUGCGCCGCCUCUCUCGGCGUCAGCGCGCCGCCGAAAACGAGCACCGCGACCGCCACCGCCACCGCGACGGUUACUCAGAAACCGUCCGGCAGCGCUUCGGGAACCGCCAGUCAGAACGGUACCAGCUCUCACCCCGCAACGUACUCCAAGCCGGCUCCUAGCAAGCCCCCGACGUUCACGGGCGCGGCUGUACCUCAGACCGUCACCGACGUGGGCUUCGCCGCUGUUCUAGGUGGUGCUCUUACCUAUCUCCUUGCUUUGUUGUGAACGUUGUGACAUGUGCGCAGUGCUCGGCGCUGACGUGGCGUAAUGAAGAGAAGGCACAGUGAGCUUGAUGUAUGUAUGUAUUAUGGCUUAUCAUUAUUCGCGUACACAUGAAGUUUCUUGUAUACAUCUGGACUUGCAUUCAUAAUUU